ACACUUCUCUUCUUUUCCUUCCUAUUCUAAACUCCCAACCCAGCUAUUAGGAUUGGGUAUUAUUUUAUGCAAGUGUAACAUCCCUUUCAGUUUCUCGGCAGUAUUCGUCCGCUCCUUUGAAAUUUCAGAAUAACACGACGGUCUCUCAAUUCUCAUACCGCUUUCCUUUAAAACCCCAGUCUUUCUCCGCUUCUUUCUGGUUUCUGGUUUCCCUGCUCUUUUGUAAGAUUGAAUUGCAACUUUUUCUUCCUCUGAUUCUCGAAGGGCUUUUCGUUUGUCAUAAUAGUCAGAUUGCCCGUUUUGGGGUAGCCCCAAAAGAACAUAAUCAUGGUGGGUUUUGGGCUGUUGACGGUUGGUUUAAUUGACAUUGCUGGGCAUGCCACUUUAACCAAAGAGCAGCACUGGCUAUUGUCUGUGUUUUUGGGCAUCGUUAUGUGCAAAAUUGUUUAUGACUUAACAGGUGUGGUUAGCUCUGUGUUCUUUAGUGGAUAUGCUAAACUCGACAAGAAAGGGAAACUUGAAUGGAACAAUCGGGGCUUCUCCACUUUCCAUGCAAUUGUUGUUGCUGCUGCUUCUUUGCAUCUCUUGAUUGCAUCAGAUCUUUUUGAUGCGGCUUCGCAGGAUGAGUUGAUUGUUAACAGAAAAUCACCUUUGUCAGAUACAAUACUUGGAAUCUCCAUCGGUUACUUUCUGUCAGACUUGGCAAUGAUCAUUUAUCACUUUCCGGUCUUAGGUGGUAUGGAGUAUGUUUUGCACCACGGACUUUCUGUGUUUUCAAUCAUUCAAUCCCUUUUAAGUGGCCAAGGGCUGAUUUACAUACUGAUGGUCCUCUUCACGGAGAUCACCACUCCCUUUGUCAACUUGAGAUGGUAUCUGGAUACCGCUGGUCAGAAGGAUUCUAAGCUAUAUGUUUGCAAUGGGUUGGCUUUGUUCUUAGGUUGGCUGGUUGCAAGAAUUCUUUUGUUCAUGUACUUUUUCGUCCAUUUGUUUUCCCAUUUUGAUCAGGUUAAGGAAGUGUAUACUCUGGGAUUUUACAGCUUGCUAACAGUACCUCCUGUGCUUGCAAUGAUGAAUGCAUUCUGGUUUUUGAAGAUAGCCAGAGGUUUGAUAAAGACUUUGACAAGGGCACGAUACCGCAAGUAGUAUGGCUGCUAGAUUGGUGCUUGUGCAGGUGAAUAUCAUCUCAGUUUAUUAAAACUGUAGCUGGAUCACAGGUCUUGUGUUUUAGGCAUAAGUGGAUUUUGCUAGAGUUCCAUGUUGCAUCCUUAUAGUAACCCAGUUAGCCAGCUUAAGGUUCAGAGUAAAAUGGUGCAUAUUUAUUGAUGUCUAAGCCGGCAUAACCUCGAGGGUCAGAAUGCAGUACUUUGUUGCUUCUUGGGUUCUGAUGAAGCAAUUAAUGCCAUGAGCAGCACUAGGAUUCAAUUACGUCUCAGAUUAGUGAUUCCUUUAUUCGUUUUUGAUGAAUAGAAAAGGGGUUUUUGAUU